GCCCCGGCCAUGGCUCUGUAGCCGCGACCCCUCUGUGCCCCCGGCCAGUCUCCGCGCUCACCGCGCCUGCGCUCUCCGCUCCUGCCUUCUUUCUUCAGCCGAGGCCGCCGCCGCCUCUUCUUUGCGCAGCCAUGGAGUACUCCACUUUUGCCUUGGUGCCUGUCUUCGUCCAGCUGAGUAACCUCCAGAGCCUCCUCCCAGUUGUUGGUUCAGCCUUCUCCAUUGCCAUCCGCGCCCAACGCCCGUGCUGCAGCCAUGUCACUCCUGGCGACCCUGGGGCUGGAGCUGGACAGGACCCUGCUCCCAGCUAGCGGGCUGGGCUGGCUCGUAGACUAUGGGAAACUCCCCCUGGCCCCUGCCCCCUUGGGCCCCUAUGAGGUCCUUGGGGGAGCCCUGGAGGGCGGGCUUCCAGCGGGGGGAGAGCCCCUGGCAGGCGACGGCUUCUCUGACUGGAUGACCGAGCGGCUGGACUUUACAGCCCUCCUCCCUCUGGAGCCCCCCUUGCCCUCAGGUGCCCUCCCCCCACCUUCCCCAACCCCACCUGACCUGGAAGCUAUGGCCUCCCUCCUCAAGAAGGAGCUGGAGCAGAUGGAAGACUUCUUCCUUGAUGCCCCACUCCCCCCACCAUCCUCCCCACCUCCGACACAGCCAGCACCAGCACCCUCCCUCCCCCUCCGCCUCCCCCUGCCCACAUUUGACCUCCCCCCGCCCCCGGCCCCGGACACCCUCGACUUGCUGGCCAUCUACUGCUGCAGUGAGGCCGCCCAGGGGGACUCGGGGUUGGCGCCCCUGUCCCCCCCACAGCAACCCCCUUCUCCUCCCCCUCAACCCUCCCGCCCCACCCCCUACCCCAAUCCUGCCGCCACCCGAGGGGACCGCAAGCAAAAGAAGAGAGACCAGAACAAGUCAGCAGCUCUGAGGUACCGCCAGAGGAAGCGUGCAGAGGGCGAGGCCCUGGAGGGCGAGUGCCAGGGGCUGGAGGCCCGGAACCGGGAGCUGAGGGAGAGGGCUGAGUCGGUGGAGCGGGAGAUCCAGUACGUCAAGGAUCUGCUCAUCGAAGUGUACAAGGCUCAGGCUCGAAGCCAGAGGACCCGGCACAGCUAGCUGGGCGGGGUCUUCAGGCCAUAGCGGGGGUGCUGGUCUUCAGCUGUGGCUCACUUCUGUUUCUGGGGCUGAGGUGGGAGGUGCCCACUCAUCCCCCUGCCUCUAGGUGCCUUCCAGACCUCUCCCUCCCCCUCCUCCCCCCUUCCUCCUCCUCCUCCUUCUCCCUCUCCCUCCCCCCUCCCCUUUUAUCCUUGCCACCUUUCCUGUCCAUUCUGAAUUUGCUCCCCUCCUCCCUCCCCAGAAUCAUGGAAUGGUUGGCCUUAGUCAACAUCUAUACCCUUCAACUAACAGCUGAGGAACAGAGGCCCAUGGGGAAUUGUGGGGGCAGGGGAGAGCUUGGAAACCUGGUCUCUCAAGCAGGGAAGUGAGGCCAGGAAUCUGCAGAACGUCUAUGCAAAGGAGGACAGGGAAGCCAUCUGGAGACUAAGUCAGGGAGGGCUUUAAGAAAGGUGCCCAUAGCAUACAAGCGAAAUAAGCCAAGUGACCUUGGGGAACUACGUUUGGGGGUGGAACCAAAAGGUGGCCGAGUUCUCAGAGCAGGUGGAUAAGUGGGCAGCUGGGGAGGUGGGCGGGUGCGGGGGAAUGGCCAUAAUGGGUGACUGGGUGUUCAUUUUAGCUCUGGGAGGAAAUCAGUGUUUUGUGAAGGUGUUGGGGGAGGGGCUGCAUCUAGGUGAGGGAGGGCGGGGACUGAUCCCUUCUGGGGGUUGUGAGUGGAAAUAAAAUGAAGGAUUUCCUCUGGCUGUGCGUCUUGUCUUUGAGAGGAGAAGUUGCUUGGAGGGCAGUCUUAGACCAAAGACGAUAAUGGUAAUAAUGGAAAUAACAUAAUACUUAACGGUCAAGCACACACACCGACACACAGUCAAGGCCAAGAUGGGACCGACUGAACUGGUAAAGGUACAAGACCCACUUUUAGCUUCUAUUUGUUACUUACGUAGACAGGGAAAAGAGAGAAUAGCCAAAGGUGCGAGCUCCCCGUGGUCCUUGUCACCAAAAAGGGUGACACCAAAAGGGCCUGGAUGGCUGCAGCACAGUUGUGGGGUACCCUGUGAUGAAGAGCCAGCUGUCUGAGCAAAGCUUCCCAGGGGAAGUCGGGAGGAAGUGGGAGGUGGCCUGGUAACCAUGGCGGAGACAUUCAGCUACCUCUGUUUUUUGAAGGCUUACUGUGUACCGAGUGCUAUUUUAAGCAUUUUGCAUGAUUAUUUCAGUCACCCCAGAAGGAAGGUAUUGUUAGGUUUUGGAUGAAUAACCACAAACGCUCAUUCCAUCUGUGUGGUCUCUGCCGGGUGCUGGCUGGGAGAGGAAGGGCUGGUCACAUAGUGGUGAACAAGGUCAUGUUUUCUGCCACUGUGGAACCUGCAUUCCGGUUGGGGAGACAGAGGUGAUAUAACUUGACCAAGUGUAUUAGUUAUAAAUGCUUUUGGCUGCAAGUAACAGCAUACCUGCCCAUCAGUGGUGUGCAUGUAAGUUUUUUCCACAGAAGUCUAGAGGGAGGUUGCUGCUGUGACCGAGGUCUCUCUGAUUCUCUUGGCUUUUACAUCAUGGUCACAGGAUGGAGGCCACAGCUCCAGGCAUUGUAUCUAAAAUUGAGACAGGAGGUCAGAUCUUUCUUAGCUGACUCUGGUAGAUUUCUGCUUACAUCCAAUUGUCUAGAGCUAUGUUACAUGGGUACUCCUAGCUGUAGGAAUGGAAUAUGAUUCAGCCUUAAGAAGGAAGGAAAUUUUAACACAUGCUACAACAUGGAUGAACCUUGAGGACAUUAUGCUAAGUGAAAU